GGCCUGGGCGGGGGGAGGGCGGCGGGAGGCUCAGAGCGUGGGGCGCCUGCCCGCGGCAGGAGCUGUCCGCGAGUCCUAGUGCUGAAGUAGGUGCGGACGUGCCUGGCUCCCGGAGCCCGGUGCCAGGGCCAGCGAAGACCAUGGCGUUCAUGGUGAAGACUAUGGUGGGCGGCCAGCUGAAGAAUCUCACCGGGAGCCUGGGGGGCGGCGAGGACAAGGGGGACGGGGACAAAUCGGCGGCCGAAGCGCAGGGCAUGAGCCGAGAAGAGUAUGAGGAGUAUCAGAAGCAACUGGUGGAAGAGAAGAUGGAGCGGGAUGCGCAGUUCACGCAGAGGAAGGCUGAGCGGGCCACGCUGCGGAGCCACUUCCGAGAUAAAUAUCGGCUGCCCAAGAAUGAGACAGAUGAGAGCCAGAUUCAGAUGGCCGGUGGAGACGUGGAAUUGCCCCGAGAGCUGGCCAAGAUGAUUGCGGAGGACACAGAGGAGGAGGAGGAGAGGGCCUCUGUCCUCGGGCGGUUGGCCAGUCUCCCUGGCUUGGACAUCGGCUCACUCAAGGACAAGGCCCAGGCCACACUGGGGGACCUCAAGCAAUCAGCUGAAAAGUGCCACAUCAUGUGACUACUCCCCCUGGGGUUGCCCACUGGGGUGACCAGAGGGCUGGGCCCACGUGAGGGCUAAGAGCAUGUCUCAAUGCCCAGGGACCCACACCCAAUCUUAGUUUUGUUUCCCCCCCAUCCCAUGUUAGCUCAGGACCCUUCUCAUCCAUGGCCCAAUCCUGCCUUCUGGUCUUUCCUUCUCCACUGGGACCAAAGUCCCCAUUCCUCUCUUUCCCUCAAGACCCACCCUCUCUACUCAGCUUGGAGAGGCCUCCUAAGAUUGUAGGAAUAUGCCCAUCCCUCUCUGGCCGUGGCCCUAAGUUCCUGCACAUGGGAGCGCCCAUAGAGAGACCCAGAGAGACAUGGAAACCAUGGAAGCAUGUACGGAAGCUUGGGCCACAGACGCAUCCUGGCAAACACACACACACAGACACACACACACAAGCCAGCCCCUCUAGACACCAACACUCAGACAUGCUUAGAGGGUUCUUUGGGCAGACACCCUCAGUAGACCAGAAGCCCAAGGUUGAGCCUCCACGUUCAUUCUCCGUGAAAACCACUGUUCUUUUUGGUCCUCACUGCAUCAUCUCUAAAAUGAGGAUGGACUGGGUAAUUUCUAAGACUCUUUCUGGCUUGGCCUCCUUGGCCCUCAGAGCCAACCCCACACUCUUCCUAGGGCAGGACAACAGCUGCAGCCAUAGCCAGGAGUGGCUGCCGCUGUGCCGUGGGCUCUGGCUCUUGGGAGCUGAGCGAUGCUGUGUGAGGGGCCGAGUGCCAAGGAUGAAGCUGGCACUGAACGGUAGCCCAGGCGGCUCCAGGCCUUCUCUGGACCCAGGCCCAGGCAAUUUCUGUUCUGUUGCUGUAGAACUCUCUCUGGAUUCCAUAGCUGGAUCUCCUCUGUCAGCUCCGUGAAAAAUAAAAAUUUGAAAUGAUGUA